AUGGUCCUUUUCCAACUCCCGGAACCAUUGUCCUGCCACUGGUUUUCUUCUUUUUCUUGGGACCACCAACAAGUCGCGAGCGCGCCGACCGUGUCAAAGACUCAUGACUGGUUAGGAUGCUGCAAGGCUAACUAG